AUGUCGUACGACGCGAGAGGGUUCAUCCGGCGGUGGCGGCGCGCGUCCGCGCCGCGACGACGCUCGCGGUGCCCGUUCGAGUCCCCUUCCGCCGCGCGCGUGAAUUUCCCGGACGUCAAAGACGUCUUCGGCGGCGCGCGCGAGGAGGAGGAGGAGGAGGAGGGUGAGGAGGCGAUGAUCGGCGUCGACCGAACGCCGCGCGGCGCGACGAUUUUACCGGCGUCGCUGGAGGACGACGCGGAGGCGGCGCGCGCGCGCGAGCUCGCGGACUGCACGAUCGAGAAGAUCGCGAACGAGUGCCCCGCGGACAUCACGACCCCCGGCGGCGGCGGCGGCGGCGGCGGCGACGGCGACGGCGACGACGCGUCCGAGGACGAGCUCGUCGCCGCGCGAAGGCUCGCGAAGGAAGCGCGAGAGGAGUUCCGCUGCCACGAGUACUUCGCGAGGAAGACGACCGCCGCGCUGGCGGGCGCGCGCGACCCGGUGUUGUCGUCGCCGUGGUCGCCGUGGUCGCCGACGGAGGAGGAGGAGGAGGAGGAGGACCCGAGCCCGGCGUCGUCCGUGCCGUCGCCGUGGGCCCCGCAGACGGCGCGCCCGCCGCCGACGACGACGCGCGGCGAGAGCGUCCGCGGCGGGCGCGCGCGCGUCGGCCUCGGUCGGAGAGCGGGGACGGCGCGCGACGGCGGCGACGACGACCAACUCGAAGAGUUCUCGCCCGUGCGCUGGCAGUCCGCGCGGAUCCCGUCGCCGUCGCCGAUGCCGCCGCCGCGACGCGCGCGCGGGCGCAAGAAGAAGACGGCUGGCGUCGCCGUCGACCGCGGCGUCUUCGUCGACGACGACGACGGCGACGCGGCCGACGCCGUGUCGUUCACCGCCGCGCUGGAGAAGAGCCUCUCGUUCGACGGCGUGAAGAGCGGGCUCUACGAGCUGUUCUCGCGGUGCGCGACGGAGCCGGAGCCGGCGACGACGGCGACGGACGCGGCGACGUCGACGGACGACUUGACGGAGAACGACGCCGGCGGCGACGGCGACGCGUCCAUCGACUCGUUCGAAGACGACGACGACGCCGGGAGCGCACCGGGGAUCAAAGCGUUCGCGGACAUAUCCCCGAUCGCGGUGUACCGCGCGGGGCAGCCGCUCCGCGUGGCCGCCGCGAACGCGGUCGUCGUCGUCGACGCGGCGGCGGCGGCGGCGGCAGCGGCGGCGGAGGAGGAGGACGACGACGCGUCGCCGUCGAGGCGCGCGCUGUUCGCGGAGGCGGGCGCGGAGGCGGAGGAGGAGGAAGAUCGCGACCGACGGGCGGAUGAUGACGCGAGUCCGACGCGGACGCCGGCGAGGGACGCGUCGUCGUCGCUCCCGCCGCCGCCGUCGCGGCCGCCGCGGCUCGCGAAAGACCGGAGAAAGUCGCGCACGCGGGUGUACGACGAGGAGACCGAGCUCGACGAAAGCGUCGUCAGCGCGAUCGCGACGCGAUUGAGGAUGGAAGACGUCGCGCUCGACGACGUCGCCGAAGUCGACGUCGGCGUCGACGUCGAAUCCGAGCUCGCGUCGGACGCCGCGGAGGAGGUCGACUCCGACUCCGAUCUGGAAUUCCCGUCGAUGGUCGAAGUCGAUGAUGAUGAUGAUGAUGAUGAUGAUGAGGAGGAUGAGGAGGACGCGAUGCCCACCCCGACCGCCGCGUUCGCGACCGCCGUCGGACCGACGCUCGCGCCGGCGACGCCGAGGCUGGACCCGCCGGCGACGCGGCGCGGAUUGCUGCCGCCGAUUCGCGGCGCGCGCGUCGCGGUCGACGAAAAUUCGCCGCUGUCGCCGCCGGCGCCGCUGCCGCCGUCGCCCACCGCGGCGGCCGUCAGCGCCGCCGCGGUCGGGGAAUCGAUCGUCGUCGUCGUCGUCGACGACGACGACUCGCGCGCGACGGAGGAGACGCGAAUCGCUCUCGACGCCGAGCGCGAGCGCACGCCGGGGAGCGCGUUCGGACGACCGGGGUACGCGGCGGCGUCGCCGUCGGAAUCCGCUGAAUCCGCGGAGAGCUCGCGCGAGAUGACGUCGACGUCGACGGCCGCGUCGGCGUCGGCGUCGGCGUCGGCGGCUGGCGCGACGACGGCGGGCGCCGACGCGGGGGUGUUUUUGGACGACUCCGCCGCUCGAAACUCGUCGAUCGGAAACUCGGCGACCAAGCGACGCGGGGACAUGACCGACGAGAUGAAGACCUAUCUCGGUCUGGACGCCGACGGGCUCCCGCGCGAGGACGAUUCGGCGGGGAAGAAGCCGACGCGCGGCACGAUCCUCAAGUUUGGCGGCGCGGGCGGGAGCGAACGGAAGCAGCUCGACUUCGAGGCGAUCGAGACGGACGCGAACGCGACGAGCGAGGACCCGCGCGCGUUCACGAAGGAACUGAGGCGCAUACUCGCGGAGCUGAAGUCCGAGGAUGCCGCGACCACGCGAUGA